AUGUUGCGAGCACUCUUAAUCGCGGCGUUCGUUGCGAUCGCGUUCUGUGCCCCAAGUGAUCUGGAGGAACAGUUGGGACUGUUGAGCAAACAAGUGACGGCGUUGCUGGAGAAGCGCGAGGAGGAUUUGAAGCUUGUCGAGGAACACGUGAAGAAACGACUGGAAUUCGGGGAUCUGGAGGAGGAGUUGAGAAAGUUGAGAUCAGAAAUCGACAUCCUGAAGUCCAGUUCGGACAACCUCAUCGAAAAGAACGACAAGACUUUGGUGAAAUGGCUCACGCAAGCGGUGAAGGAACUGAAAACCGAAUUCACCGAAGUCCAGGACUCCAUCAAUUCCACCGCCAUCUUACGAAACCAUCAGGACUUCGACUCCGACCUGAGGAUUCUCAAAACCGAAGUGUUGAACCUGAACCAAGAACUCAAGUCCAGCAGGAACAAAAACAUGAAACUGGAAGUACAAAUCGCAUCGCUCACCCAAGAGUUGGAGUCCAUAAAACAAGACUUCAGGACCACCUCGGAAAACUGUGGCAAAACUAAAAAUCAAUUCAAAGCGAUGCAGCAGGAAUGGAUGGACAAAUGGCGCAUCGUAACGGAGAAACCAACUUUGGAUUUGACAGUGAAUCCCCGUCACAAAUUAAUUAACCACGUGGUCAAUUUGGAAAAACGUACCAAACUGAUCGGUAGAGAAAACUACCUGUUGAAAAAGCGUAUGAUCAAAAUGGAACGAGACAUUAAAUCGAUGCGAAGCACUGAGAUCCUGAAGACAAUCUCGAACGAUUUGUUGAAAAACGAAGUGCAAAAUUUCCAACCUAAUUUGUUUCAAUUGCAAAAAACAAUCGAGAAUGUCACUGUUGAAAUUGAAGAGAACAAAAAGUCCAUCAGCAACUUAACUAAACAGUUGACCAACUUUGACAAGCUGCACAUUUCCAUGUUGGAAUUGUUGGAAAACGUGGAAAGUGUAGAAGCCAAAGUGGACAAAAAUUUGCCAGAUUUUCGCAAAGAAAUUUCCAAAUUGGAAGUACAGCUGGCUCAGGACUCAUCAACAUCUAAUUUACUAAGAGAAGACUUAAAAAACACCAGAAGCACCUUAAAGGCAAUCAGUGCGAGCGUCUCAAAUCUACAAGACAGCUUUAAAUUGGAACAACAGGUUGUUAAAGAUGUCAGCUUGCAGGUUGAAGGUUUAAAGAAAAUCACCAAGUUGCAAGCUUCCAAACUGCACGGACACAUCUCCAAGAGCGAAGAGACAUCGUCGAACUCAACCAAAUCCGCCAUACACUUAGUGGACGAGCUGGAAACAUUCGAGAACGGCUACAAAAUGAUGAUUAACAAGCUUCCGAAGGAUUGCAGCCAAGUUUUGGGACCGAAAGGCGUUUAUCUCAUCUCCCCGGAUGAGAAACCGGUUCUGGCGUUGUGCGAUAAAGGGUGGACGACGAUCCAGAAACGUUAUGAUGGCACGAUGGACUUCAACAGAAAUUGGACGCAAUAUGUUAACGGUUUCGGACACGUCGACGGAGAACAUUACUUAGGAAACAGAAACAUCCACCACUUAACUAAGAACAAUUGCACAGCUUUAAAGAUCAACAUGGAAGACAUUUAUGGGAACCACUGGGUCGCUAACUACGAAGACUUUCGAGUUCUGUCUGAAAGUCAAGGUUUCAAAUUGAUUGUGAGCAAUUUUAGUGGUAACGCAUCGAACGCGUUGGACUACCAGAACCAAAUGGAAUUUUCAACCAAGGACAAUGACAGAGAUAUUUCCAACACGCACUGCGCCCUAAAUUACGAAGGUGGUUGGUGGUUUUCCCACUGUCAACAUGCGAACCUCAACGGAAGGUAUAGCUUAGGUUUGACAUGGUUCGACAGUACCAGAAAUGAAUGGAUUGCUGUUUCCAAAACUGAAAUGAAGGUCAAGGUUAAAACGAAUUGUUCUUAAAUAUAGAAAAUUUACCAUGAUGAAAAAAAUGUUUGUACCAAAGAUAGCUUAGUGUUUUUCGUUGUAGGAACCAAGUCAUUUGUAAAUAGUAUUUAUUGCCAUAAAUCAGUACCAAAAUAAGUAGUAGUUAAGUAAUAUUUAUAAUUUUGUACAUAUGUGUUUAUACUGAUUGAUUAUUAUUAUGACUCGAAUAAAUUUUAGUUUUUUA